AUGUUCCACAAUAAUUUCCACAGCUCUUCAACUGCCUCAACAAGCGAGCUCUCGCGAUCGUUGAGUGAGUUGGUGGUUCUCAGUACACCCUCAACCACAGCCUCAAAGCAGCAAAAGGAAGUAUCUCCUCUGGCAUCCACUCCUCUUAAAGUUGGAGAUUCAGCAACGGGAGCCCAAAGUAAUUCAUCCAUUCUGUUUGCAGUAACCUCGAAAUACCUUGAAAAAACACCAUCAAUUGUGAAAUCGGAGGCAAGAAAUUUGAUCAAGCGUUUGGAAAAUAGUGUAGAUGAAGCUAUGGACGCCUUGGAGCAAUUGUAUAAUUUAAGCAUGUUUCACUCACACCGACAAAGUAUGGUACAAGAAUGUGGUAUCAUUUCAACUCUCACUCUUGUGCUCAAAACAAAGGAGAAUCGAUUUAAGGAAUUAGCAGCACGGGCUCUUCAAUUGUAUGCUCAAGAUGGAGAGGAAAGCUGUAUUGCCAUGAAACGAUUGAACAUGUGCAAUUCUGCCCUAGAAAUCAUCACCAAAACAGAUGACCUGAACGUAAAAAUACCUGUGGUUGGCCUCGUCUAUUGGCUUUGCCAAAAUCCCUCUUGUAAAAAAGAGUUUACAGAUCUUGGAGCUGACACUUUUUUAAGGGAAGUUGCCAACAAGAACAAGGAUCCUCUCCUUUCCAAGUAUUUAAAUUAUGUGUUGCAUAGCCUUUCAUUCAAAGUUAAAAGUCGAGAGGAAUUGUUAAAUGAAAUUCUUGUACAACAACAGGAACAACAGUCACUAAUGUCCAGCAGCAGUGGCGGAGGUAAUAACCUUAAGGACGACAAAGCACUGCUGAACAACUCAUCAUCCUCAGCAACACCAAUCAUCAUGACAGAAAAGUCCUUCACUCCCUAUGUAACACCAUCACCAAGACAUUUCUUCAAUUUGGCGAGAGCCAACCCAACUUCAACCACAUCACCAUCAAGGAAGAGAUUAGAAUUUUCAACACCCACCAAAUCAGAAAAAUCAUCAAGCAGCAAUUCCUCAUCCUUCUCACAGACAGAGUUGAAACCUGAACUCGUUUAUGAGUCCUCGACCACCGACACCGAGGAGUCCUCCCCAACUGAUCCGUGA